AGAGUUCAUUAUGACUGGAAAGCUCAUAGUAGUUUGUGUAGUAGGUAUUUCGUUUGUUUUGUCCAAACCAAAUAACUUGAAACAAUAUCAGCGAGUAAAACGGGGGAACAGUUAUGAAAACAUGACAUUUACUUUCGAUUGCACAAAUAAACCUGUGGGGUUUUACGCCGACCAGGAAUAUAAUUGUAAUGUUUUCCACAUGUGUGAUGAAAAAGGUACCCGAAUUCCUCAUGCCUGUGCUAGUGGAACAAGCUUCAAUCAGGAAUAUAGAAUUUGCGACUGGGAUUACAAUUUCAAUUGCUCCGAAGCUCAUAAGUGGUAUUACCUGAACAGUUUGACAUACGCUACCGAAGAAAACCAAGAUGACAUCGAAGAGUUAUAGCUAGUAUUGAAGUAGAAUGGCAAAUGCAAGUUUUUUUCCUUCAAGUGAAUCAACUGAAAUAGUAAAUUCGUUAAGCAAAUCGAAAACUUUUUGUAGAAGUAUUAUUUAUAUUGAAAUAUUCUUUAUUGAGAAUAACAUUUAACAAUUAUAGUUAAUAUAAUGUAGAAUAAAUAUAAAUAUAGAGAAUAUCGUGUAUAGUUAUGUAGCUUUUCUUACAUCUCGAAAAGAUAGAUAAACGUACCAGAAAAUAAACGUUCAAAAUCGAAUAGCUGGAUGCAUUUUUGAUAUAAAGUUACCGACCAUUUAUUCUUUUAUUUCAUUUCAUGUAAAUAUGAUUUAUUGUGAUAGUAGUCACCUUUGGUAUCUAUAUUAGGCUCACAUGUCUAAUAUAAAUGAAUGCCAAAACAAUAUCGCGAUAAAAAUGAACCGAUGUUGUCGAAUAUAAAGAUUAUUUCGGCGUAGGUUCUCGCAAAAUUGAGUAGAUCACCAUGCGUUUAAAUCGUUUCUUAUCAGAUGCUGAACCACGGCAAAAAUUUAGUUUUUGUUUUUAAUGUUACGUAUAUACGCAAGGUUGGGUACUGUUAAGGGUUUGUUACAUGCGAGGCGUGUACUGCCUAUGUUCCCCGUAGGAAAAAUUUCUAUUGAAGUUUAAUGGGAAUCAAUGGAAAAUUUGUAUAUUUCAU